AUGGGUUCUUUAGCACAGCAUAAACUACCUGUUAUAGACUUCACUAAGAAAAACUUAGAUCCAGGUUCCAGUAGUUGGCUAUCAACAAGGCAAGCUGUAGUAGGCGCCCUGGAAGAAUAUGGUUGUUUCAUAGCCCUUUACGAUAAAGUCUCCUUGGAACUUCAUGAAGCCAUUUUUCGUGCAUCCGAGGACUUAUUUGAUCUCCCGACCGAAACCAAACUCCUAAACACUUGUCAAAAGCCUGCACCUGGCUAUGUUGGACAGAACCCUCGUUUUCCUCUUUAUGAAAGUUUAGGCAUUGAUGAUGCCACUACUAUUGAUGGAGUUCAAAAGUUCACAACCCUGAUGUGGCCCAACGGGAAUGAUAGUUUCUGUGAAAGUGCAUUCUCGUACUCAAAGCUUGUCGCUGAAUUAGAUCAAAUGGUAAUGAGAAUGGUGUCAGAGACCUAUGGUGUAGAGAAGAGUUAUGAAGCACUCCUUGGAUCGACAUCCUAUCUUCUCAGGCUAACCAAGUAUCGAGAACCUCAAAGAAACGAAACGAAUUUGGGACUUGUCCCCCACACAGACAAGAGCUUCAUGUCCAUUCUUCAUCAACAUCAAGUAAAAGGUCUAGAGAUCAAAACUAAGGACGGCCGGUGGAUGGAAAUUGAUCCGUUUCCUUCCUUUUUCAUCAUCAUGGCUGGCGAAGCAUUUAUGGCAUGGACUAAUGGCAGAAUUGAAGCUCCACAUCAUCGGGUUAUAAUGCCUGGAAAUGCAGAAAGAAAUGGAAUAAUGGGGAGGCUAGCAGGAGCGAAGCAAGGGCCAAAAUUCUUAGUCACGCUUUCAAAGGAAGAGAUGGAGAUAGAUUUCUUGCUCAUGACUGCGGCAAAGCCACCCCAAGGCCUAAGAAAAGGUGUAGGACCCUUCAGAAACAGUUUGAAGUAA